AUGUACGGAAUUGCAUGGACGUCGUAUAUACUUUUGGCUCAGAAGGAUCGACCGUCAUAUACGAUGCUCGGUGUGCCAAGUUUGACGAAAUACAUACCUUUCUUACCUGUGACGCCCCAGCGUUGUUUCAAGGUUACCAAAGCUGUGUUAGGAUACAUCUGGUCAUGCUGUAGCAUAAUGAACAUGGCAAAGAACUGGUUUCUCUUGUACAAGCAGCACAAGGCUAGACCUGGAUCUGAAUCGAUUAUUUAUUCCAUGCCAUUCUCGCGGAAGCAGUUGGAUGUAUACCCACCUACGUCGUCCACGGUAGAUGCUUCAGAUGUAAGGAGGAAUGCGCCUGUCCUCGUGCUUGUUCCUGAUGCGAUUGUACCUGUGACAUUAACAAGCCACCGGAAGAUGUACCUUCCGCUCGCAACGCGUAUGCAACAACUUGGCUACUGCGUUGUGGUGCCUCAAAUCACAUACUACCCGGCUGACCAGAUCCGUCAGUCAGUCAUUGAUUUGCGUUUGGCGCUAAGCUGGGUCGGUGCACACAUAUUCCACUACGCGGGUGACCCCUCACGCAUCUAUGUCAUGGGACAUGGUUUGUCUGCUGAGCUCGUGGCACUCACUUUGGUGCAGGAGGCGGUCGUUCUAAGCCAGACGAUCAAAAAGCACCGCGACAUUGAUGACGCGACUAACCAUGAUCUGACUCCAAAAUCGAAUAUAAUUGAGCCGGAAACUUUCAACAAGCACCUAGAGAUUUAUGCUCCACAAGUGCGCUUGCCUAACAUUGCAGGUGUGAUUCUUCUGGCGGGGCACAGCGAUGUUAUCAAAAGCAACUUGAAUGAGGCGGAUCUUGGAAUUGAACACUUGAGCUCACAUCGCCGCUGGACAGGACCUCAACAAUUUCAAUGCCUAUUACAUUCGCCCACGCAUUUACUCAUGCAUAGCAAGGCAUGCUUAGACCCCACAUUUUUACCGCCCAAAUUUCUCUUGAUCCAUGGCGGGCUUGAUAAGCUUGUGCCGAUUUCUCAGGCUAUCUUACUUCGCUCUCUUCUGCUGGAAAUUGGGGUUAAGAAUGCAGAACUGCUAGCCUUCCGUGAGAUGAAUCACUUCGAUACAUUCAAGCUGUUCCUGGCAUCUCCGCCUCUUGCCUCGAGCAAGUAUGAAAUAGCAAUUUUGAAGUCGAUCUGUUCGUUCGUAGCUUAG